AUGAUAGCAGUUCCAAACAUCUGUGAGAAUCAACUAGGAGAGAGAGUUGAAAACCAAGAUUUCUUCAUACAACAAUACUAUAUUGAAUGUUUAUCCACAUUUUCUUAUUAUAUUGAAUCAAAAGGAGAGGCUGCUGUUAUUGAUCCAUUAAGAGAUAUUGAAUAAUAUGUGUAAUACAUAUAUACUAAUGGGAAGUGAAUUAGCUAAAGAAAGAAAAGCAAAUAUUAAAUGGGUACUUGAAACACAUUUCCAUGCAGAUUUUGUUAGUGGUCAUCGAGAAUUAGCUGCUAUCACUGGAGCAACCAUAGUGUAUGGUCCUACUGCAAUUGCAAAUUUUCCUAUUAAAUAAGCUUAGGAUGGAGAAUUGUUACCACUAGGAUCUGUCUAAAUAAGAGUAGAACAUACUCCAGGACAUACAAUUGAAUCCAGUUGCUUUGUUUUAGUUAGCUAAGGAAAGGAUCAUUCAGUCUAUACAGGAGAUACCUUAUUUUUGGGUGAAGUGGGUAGACCUGAUUUGGCUGUAAAGAGUGGAGAACUUACAGUAGAGAUGUUGGCUUCAUAUCUCUAUGAUUCUUUGAGAAAUAAGAUAAUGAAACUAAAUGAUAAUGUAAUUGUGUAUCCUGGACAUGGUGCUGGCUCGUCCUGUGGUAAAGCUAUUGGAGCAGGAAAGUUUUGCUCUAUUGGAGUUCAAAAAUAGAAGAAUUAUGCAUUAUAAGAAAUGUCAAAGGAAGAAUUCACUAAAAAAGUACUUGAAGGUAUGCCCAAACCUCCUUAAUACUUUUUUCACGAUGCCAAACUUGUAAUUUUAUUUAUCUCAUUAAAUAUAGAAUAAAUGUGGACCAGCAGAUAUAACUUUAUUAGUAAAUGAAGUCUAAAAAGCAUUGACAUUUGAAUAAUUUAUAGGCUUUGUAAAAUCAGGAGUAACCAUUCUGGAUACUAGACCUAAUAUAGCAGAAGGAAUCAUAGAUGGUGCUGUCAAUAUUUCAUUUAUGUCAGGAUUAGUCAAUUUUGUUGGAGCUAUUAUUAAACCAGAUACAAAAUUAGUGAUUAUUGCUAACAAUGGUGAAGUUUAAGAUUCAAUCCUAAGAUUAUUAAGAAUUGGAUAUGAUAAUAUUUUAGGAUAUUUGUAAGGAGGAUUUGAAGUUUACAAAAACAAUGGAGGACCAUUAGCAACAACUGUUAAAUUAGUCAGUUUAGUUGAGUUUUGUGAUGUCAAGGCAGAUCCUGGUAUUAUAAAUUUUAUAUAUAAUUAGAAAAACAUGUUUUUUUAGAUGUUAGAGGAACAGGAGAACAUAAAGAAAUUGGAUUUAUAAAAGGAGCUAUUAGAGUUCCAUUGCCUGAGAUUGAAGCUAAUCUUGAGAGAAUUCCAAAUGAUAAAUUUGUGCAUGUUUAUUGUAAAUCAGGAGGUAGAGCAAAAAUGGCAAUGAGUCUACUUGUUAAAAAUGGUUAUAAGAAUAUUGUUAUUACAUAAGAAGGUGGAUUUAUUUUAAUAAAAGAAAAAUAAUUAUUGGAAAUUGAAUAUAUUUGA